CGGACAUGCGCACAACGGAGCCAGGAAUGGAGGAGGCUUGGGAGAAGUGGAGAGAGGAAGUCAUCUCGUUUUGACGCUGUGGUUUUGCUGUGACCACCUGGAGGGGGGUACGUUUGGCUGAGAAGCAGAUAAAAACAGUCGAGUCGCCGGUCGGCCUCACUGACCUCCGCCUUUCUUUUAUAGUUUUGCUGCGGCGCGACAGUCACGUUACAACCACAAACUGAAUGGAAAGGGGGGAACUACAGACUGUGUGUGUCUGAGUAUUGUAUUUUCAGCAGUCUUGUAUGAAGGGGGGAGAGAGUAUGGUAGCAAACACCACCUUGAUAGCAGCUGGAAACAAAUGAAGGCGGUGAAAGCUGCCCCGCGGCCUGCCUCGACCUCCAGCCAGCUAAGUAAAGAAGUUAAAGCCAAGUUAGCUCCGGCUCGGUUCUGGACCUGACCCGUGUGGCCAGGCUGAGUGUCGGGCUCCGAUAGAGGAAAUGCUUCACUUUUCACUCAGCUGAUUUUUAAACUUCAACCAUUAUGACUUUUCCCUGCCUCUUGCUGUUCUAAGUGUAGCUGCCAUGACUUCUCACAAAGUUGAUGAGCAGCUGAGCGAUGGGAAGGAUUCGGCCUCGGUCACCUGUCAGCUUCCCCGUCCUGGUCCUGAUGGCGUCACGGAGGAGCUUCAGUCAGAUUCGGUGACCACGACGGCGAAAUCUCCAAAAACAUGGAAAUUACGGAGGACUGCCUUGACCUUUUUUGGCGUUCGUAGAAGYAUCUGCAUUUUGCCAAGUUUCUUUGGAGGGAGGAUCAAAAAUCAGAGCAAGAAGGGAAUCUGCAGAAGCAAAACACACGAUGGGCUGAGCAAGGUCAGUCAUGACGAUGGUCCCAGGAGYGGCUACGUCUCGGCUGGAGAUCUGGCCUGCCAUAGCCAGAGGGACGCAGCAGGAGAGCUCCGCAGCGCCUGCCACAGUGAAUGUAGUCACCCCAUCACUGACCAGAAAUCACUGACUCUUGGCCGGCAGAGAAAAGGUUUUAGGAGCCUUUUUCAAAGUUUUAAGCAGCACAGAGGUCAGAGAAACGCUGAACCGAGUAAGACUGCAGACUCCUCUCCUCUGUGCAAGAAAGAGGUGCCUGUUGUCCAACACACCACCAACCUGUACGCCACCGAGUGCCUUGGAGCUGAACCCGAUGUGCCUGAUUUUUCAGAUGUGAUGUGCAAUGUCUCAGUUGAUGUUACUUGUAGUCAUGAAGCUGCAGUAGUAGAACCUUGUACAGAAAGGGCGAGUAUAAAGUCUAAGCUCGAUGCUCAGGCAUGUGAUGGUCAACUGGAGGACGUGGAUUUAAAGGUAGGAGUGUCCAGUAAAUAUGAGGAGACUUCUAGGCGUUCCAGUGAGCCCUGUCUGAAAAUUCAGGUGGCUUCUGAGCCCGUAUUGAAAUCUCAAACCACCACCAGCUCAUCGGAUCAGCUGAACCUUAUGUUUGGAGACGUUGCAUCGUUGAAGAGCUUCGAUUCGCUCACUGGUUGUGGGGACAUAAUCGCAGAUCAGGAGGAUGACAGCUUCACGGAAAGCACCGUUUCUGGAGAACGGAGCCGAAAUGGAGGGAAGCGGGCCUCUUGUUGUCUUACUUAUCAGGGCGGUGGAGAAGAAAUGGCCUCACCUGAGGAUCUGGAUGACACGGGUCUUCGGGACUUCUGGGAAAACAACACGUCGGAGGACGUCCGCUGCACUUGCGAUCCAGAGCAGGCAGACGUGACGGAGCUGACGAGUUCUCACAACAUGGACACGCUGAACAGCAGCAGCGCUCAGCAGGCWGGUGGCAUGGACACCUCCUCCAUUGCUGAUGAUUUAACUCCUCAAAGUGAACAUCAGGAGUCKGUUCCGAACAGUGAUGAGGGCUAUUAUGAUUCUACCACACCAGGGCCAGACGACGGGCAAGAAAAAAGUGACCGGUUACGAGCAGCUAGUCUUCCCAGGGACAGUUACAGCGGUGAUGCUCUCUACGAACUGUUCGCACCUGACGAGAGCCUCAUCAGUCCUCAUUAUGAGAACAAAUCACAGCUUCCUGGUUCGAAACACUGUGAUUAUUUAACUGAGCCUGUCGGAGCAACAAAUCCUACCUUUGUUCCUGAAAUGAGUCRGUUACAAAUAAGUGCUGAAUUGUACAAAGACAGUUUUAUAGAAAUGCCAAGUAAAUCCUUGGUGUUGGCACAAAAUGUGGUGGGUUUGCAGGAAAUGAGGGCGAAUAAAAACUGCACCUUGAAUUCCAAAUCUCAAGCGUUAGUCAGUGUGAAUAAUAUCAAACAAGGAAUGUUUAAGGAAAAAGGAAAUGCUUCCACUGAGAAAAUAAAGUCUGUCAACAGUGACUGUGAAAAAAGGCGGAGAAGUUUAUCGUUUGGAAGCACGUCUGACCCAGACUUUGAAACUUUCUGUGAACCCAAAGAGGAACAUCUUGAGGAAAACAAACCAGUGGCUUUGCCGUAUAAAAACAUCAACCAUCAGUCCGAGGACUCUACUGCUUACUUGGCAGAUGGGCAGACGGUGUGCUUCUCACAAGCGCUCGUGGAUUACACCAAACACGCUCAAAUGCUGAGCGACUCGGAGAUGAACUCCGCCUUCACGCCAAAUAUGGAGGCCUUACCCACCAUAGUCACAUUUGACGUUGUGGAUCUGCAUAACGAGGGGGAAUACGACGAGCAAAUUCACAUGGAUCUAGAAGAGGAUACAUCGCUACCCUUUCAAGAGUUUGAAGAAAGCUACCUACAAAAAGAUGCGUUCGCUGAWUGUGACUAUCAAAUGCUGGAACUGUUUGAACAGAACUUGAUCAGCAACACGUGGGCUGUUGCCAGUCUCCCGCGGAACCUAGGCCUAGCGAGAGUGGGCCAGUCCGCACUGAACCCACUGUCCCUGGACAGGAGAAGUAGGUCUUUAGACACAGAAAGCCUUGACACGUACAGCGAGAACGGAGCCGCUCUAUGUUCUCGUCCUCAAACCGAAGAGGACUCUGAGAGRGACUGUUCGCUGUAUCAGAAGAAGAAUGUAGUUCCGUCUGCUUCAGAGGUCAGAGACACCAACAGCACCACAGCCUCGGUGUGGCAAACRAGGUCCGAUGUGGCUUUGAGCCUUCCUUUGACAGACGGAGAAAUCACUGAAAAAGUCCAGAGUCUUGGUCAACCCAGAGCAGAACACAAGCUGCUCUCCUGGGCAUCAAACCAUAAUUAUCUGAAGUCUAAGUCCCAGCUACAUUGCUCUAACCCGUCAGACAACUUGAGUGAUUUGGUUUCACAGAAAGCAGAACUCUACAGUAAACAGCAUCCCCUUCCUUUGACAGAUCCUUGUUCACCUCAAAGCUCUUUGGUUUAUUCAGGAUUGAUGGAGGGAGACUUGGAUAUCAGUGAUGAGGUUUUCUUUAAGGCCUCUGCUAGUUUGCAGUCCUGUAAUCAGGACAGACCUGUAGCUGGUGGGGAAGAUGGUUCUUAUAGUCCCCUGAAUGCAGCUGCAUCUAAAGAUGAAACAUUAAUGGAUGUGCUGAUCUCUGUGGCCUGCAGUGAACACUCUGAAGCUACCUGCAACUCUUGAUCACAUAUGAGUUAAAGUGGUUUGGGAUCUUUAUCAAUGCGUCAAUUUUAUCUUUUUUUUUCUCGCACAAAUUGUCAAUUUUAACAGUUGUUACAGUCAUGGACAGAAAGUGAAAUUGAAUUUAAAACUUUACAGAACUGUGGAGUAACCACACUUCAAGGCCUGGAAGAUUAUUAUUAUUUCUUUGCAUUUACAUGUUAUCUCUGUUACAUUGCACACAGGUUACACAGGUGGUUGAAGGUAUUUAUUAAAAAUAUAUAAUAAUUGCAGUAAAAAAAAUCCCACAGUGUAAUAACGUCAAGCUUCUGAAUGUUAUACCCACAUAUACCCUUACUUUAUAAGGCUGUGUUGUCCAAUCCUGGUCCUCAAGGACCACCAUUCUGCAUGAUGUAGAUGUUUUCCUGCUUUAAAGCAGGUUUUAAAGUUCUGCAGAWGCUCUCAAUCAUAAAUUCAAAUCAGUUGUGUUAAAGCAGAGAAAUGUCUGAAACAUGCAGGGUGGCCCUCGAAGACCAGUAUUAAACACCACAGCUGUAAGGAUUUUGAUCACCAGUCUUGUUUCCUUUGCACAAUCUUAACAGAAAUGAAACAAUGUUUCUUCAUUUGUUGCCUUUGAAUAUGAAUGCUUAAUGUUUUUAAAUGUUUGUGUUGCGUUUACAACCUGUCACUGCUGUAUUCAAGACUAUUUUAGCCUGGCUUUGUCGUUUUCCUUAAUAUCAGACCAUUAUUGUGUUAGAUCAAUAUCUCAUGAGCUCCAACACCUUCAGUGUUAGAUUUCCAUAAUAUGUAUCUAUUUUUAGUUUGAUCUUGACAUGUCCAUCAACUGGUUUGACUUUUUGACCCAACAGAAGAUAAGCAAAUACAGGAAAUAAUCUGAUAGGGAUAUUUUAUGAUCUUGAUAGUGUUUUAACUUCAGCUGAUUUUUACAUACCGUAGACAGCUUUGCAAGGCAAAACUACAAUAUUUGUUUAACUUAUUUCACAUGCAAAUUUAGAAAAAUCUAGAACAGAUUURCAUAUGACACCAAGAAACCUGCUCCGAAGCAGUUAAGGAAAAAUAAAAUCAUAGACAAAAGUAKUUUGAAGAAAAAGGUACAGAAUAAGUUUAUAUUUGCCGCUUGGUUGACAAGAGAGUGUGACUUUUUGUUUUUCUUUUCUUCAUUUUUAGCAGUUUGACAACGUGCAAAAUUCUUACUGAAAUACUGCAUUGACAUUACWGUACUGGUAUGUGUUUUGGUAAAGCUUCAUCUUAGGAAACGAUACAUUUUUAUAGCAUAAUACUGAAUAUUAGUGAMUUAGUAUUUAUAUUUUCAGCUGUUUUUAGACUGUGUUGUGUACAUAAUCAUUACAAAUUGUCAUUGUGGUUUUGAAUUUUGUUAAUUUUUUUCUCAAUACCUGUUUUGUCUGAAUAGAAAACUGCCUUACACAAAAAUAAACAUGACAUUAUAUAAUUUA